UGCAUAUGCGGAAUGACCAUAUUAUUGUAUCUAGACUAUUAAUUCAUUUAAAUGUACUUAAUAUCAAGGCAUUUAAUAAAAAAGUAUUCGAAAAUACGCUAAAUCAAGUGCGUUUGUAAUUAUACGUAUUGCACGUGCACGCACGUGCAUGCAUAUGCAUGAUGACCAUACUCUCUUGUAGGGGUCUAUUAAGACUAUCUAUGUUUUAAAUCCCAUCCUGUUUGGCUGAAAACCAAGGGAGUUACAGCCAUUUAAAGUUUAAGCCAAUCAGAUUGCAGCGCACGUGCAUGCGCGUGAUUUCAGGAAAAUUAUUUUAUAUCAUAUAGUAGGAUAUCUUAAUGCAUGACUAUGUUUUAAAUUUCAAAGUAUUUCGUCGAAAAACGAAUAAGAUAUUGAGAUUUUUGUUUCAGCCAAUCAGAGCGAAGCGCACGUGCAUGCGCGUGAGUUCUUGAUAAUUUGACCAUGUCCUCUUGUCUAUAAUACUAAUUUAUUCUUAUAUUCUGAGUUUCAACACAUUUCAUCAGAAAAUAGAAAAGUUACGGCUAUAUCAAUUAUAUUGGUCAUUUUACAUGUUGCACGUGCGCGCUCUUGCAAGCACGUGCGCGCAAAAUGACCUUGAUUCCGCAAAUCUACAUAACAUGUCUACUUACCCUAAAAAGGUUUUACCUACAUCAGAUGAACAGUUUACAAGAUCAUUCGCGGACAAAUAAGUACCCAGGAAGAAGAAAAAUAAUAAUAAGAAACAGAGUAAAAACAAUAUGUUCCCCAACUUCGUUUGGGGAACAUAAUAAAGAGAAACUUUGCCCGAUGCGGACAGCCUGUAAAAAAUUGAUAUGCGCUUCUCCGUCUCAUCUGAAGAAUAAAGCUUUAAUGGAUUUAACAGAAUCAGAAAUGUGCCCUGUUCCGAAAUACUCUAAAGUUUUAGUCAUUGCCAUAACUUCGUGUUUUAUUUGUGUAUUAUUGGUGACCCUGAUCAUAUACAAGGCUCGAUGGCACAUUCGGUAUUUGUUAUAUAUGUACAGAUUACGAAGAAAUGGGUAUGAAUCCAUCGCAGGGGAGGAAGGGUUUGAUUACGAUGCUUUUGUUAUUUAUGCGGAGGAAGAUCAAGCGUUUGUACAUGAAAUUCUUGUCCCAACAUUAGAAGAUCGAGAGGGCUAUCAUCUCUGUAUUCAUUACCGAGAUUUUCAAGUAGGAAAGCUCAUCGCAGAUAAUAUUGUGAACAGCAUUCAAAAAAGCCGAAAAGUCAUUGUUAUUCUAUCGAACAGUUUUGCAAAAAGUAAAUGGUGCGACUUUGAGCUCAUCAUUGCCCAAAAUCGACUAAUCCUGGAGCAGAAUAACCUUCUCGUUGUCAUUUUGAUCGAAAAAAUCGAACCGAAGAACAUUACAAAUUCACUACGAUUAAUUCUCUCAACAAUGACGUAUGCAAAUUGGAAUGCACACGGUACAAAAGGAGAGAAGGCGUCGUUUUGGAAUCAGGUACGCCACUCCUUCAGAAGGUAGUGAAUGCAACAAAAAGUUUGCAGGAUUGGA